CGUUAGCAAGAAAAUUAUCUGGAACAAUAUGGUGGCUCUGACUACAAGUCAAACAACUACAUCAAGAUUUACGAUAAAAACAAUAUUCUCUCUGUUUUGUUUUCUCUGAUUAAAUUACACUGUUAAAAAUGAUGUGGAAAAUACCUUUCGGAUAAAUACUGUAGAUCUAUCAUCUUGGCAAUGAAUUACGGGAAAAAAAUUGUUUUAUUUCGACCUUCUAGUCGUAGUAUUGAAAGCGAAAGUGUCUUGAGCUUUGAUGAUCUUGAGGAUGAUGAAAAAGAUAAUGUUAAACGCAAGACCAGAAAUCUGAGUGAAAAGAAAAGGAGGGACCAGUUCAAUGUCCUCAUCAAUGAGCUUUGUUCUAUGGUGGCUGCCAACUGCAAAAAGAUGGACAAAUCCUCUGUGCUCAAGUCAGCCAUACAGUUCCUACGCAACCAUCAAGAAUUUUCUGUGCAGUCUGCUGCUUAUGAAAUCAAGGAAGAUUGGAAACCAACCUUUUUAUGUAAUGAAGAAUUUGCUCAACUGAUGUUAGAGGCUGUUGACAGUUUUCUGGUGGUCUUCACACAGCAGGGGAAAGUCGUGUUUACAUCUGACAGUGUCACCUCUUUGCUAGGUCAUCUACCUAGUGAUUUGAUUAACAACUCCCUGUAUGACUUGAUGCAUGAAGAUGACAGAAUCAAGUUGUUUAACUUACUGUCUAAACAACAAAGUGAGGAUACAAUAGCUUUUACCUGCCACCUGAGACGAGGAACCAUAGACCCAACUGAGUCGGUCACGUAUGAAUAUGUCAAAGUGUGUGGAACAUCCCAGUACAUUGGGGAUGUAGAAGAUGAGAGUAUGCUGUGUGAUGACUACAUUGGAAUAGACAUGCCAGAACAAGCCCUGUGCUUCUGCUGUACUGUCCGCCUGCAGACCUCCCACAUCAUCAGAGAGAUGUCUGGUGUUGAUGAAGCUACAAGUGAAUUUACUUCUCGACAUUCAUUAGAGUGGAAGUUUCUAUUUCUUGAUCACAGAGCCCCACCCAUCAUUGGCUACUUGCCCUUUGAAGUGCUGGGUACAUCAGGCUAUGACUACUACCAUCCAGAUGACCUUGAGGUUGUUUCAACAUGUCAUGAACAAUUGAUGCUGCUGGGGAAAGGAACGUCCAAGUUUUACAGAUUUUUGACCAAAGGCCAGCAAUGGAUUUGGCUACAGACCCGUUACUUUAUAACCUACCACCAGUGGAGCUCUAAACCUGAGUUUAUUGUCUGCACCAACACUGUUGUAGGAUAUAGCAGUGUAAGAAAGCAGCUACGCCAGGAUAUGGGAUAUGUUGAAGUGGAUCAGGCGUCAAAUGUCAACACUCAUGCAUCCAAUGUCAAUAAUCAGACAUCAAAUGCCAACACUGAGAGCACUGCCACAGUGCAGGAGACUCAGCAGGAAGCUCAUGUGACAUCUGUCAGCCAGUCAGAUAAAGUUGCCAGCAUUGUACAGUCGCCUGAUGUUGCUUCAAGUCAGCAUUCAGACAGUGAGUGCCCCCAACAGCCCCACUCCACCAAAAGAGAGAGCUGUACACGUGUCAACAGCCAGCUCCAGUCCCUGCUACAGCUCCACCUCCAGCGUUCAGGCCAGGCUAGCAUCUCUACUACAGCAGCCUUGACCCACUCACAGGGCACCACACUGGCCUCAUCCUCUGCCCAAACUAAGGUCAGCAGCAGCUGCAAGUCCACCGUGCCCAGCCCUGUCCAGCAAGUGAGUGUCGGACAUGCCAUGGCUAGUGUUGUUCCUGUCAUGGCUGCCAUCUCUACUAGUCUGGUCACUAUGACACCCAGCCACAGGCUACAGAGUUCAGCCCCGUCAAGUUGUCAGACAUCAGCUGUUGUGUCAUCUCCUCUCACCUCUGUGUCUCGUUCUGACCAAUCAUACCAGACAGGCCUGAUCCUAACACCAGCUCAACAGCUGCUGCACGAGCAGUUGGUCCACAAGUCUGAGCAGCUCCAGAGUGCCAUACAGAGGCAACAGGAGGAGCUCCGCCUCAUCAAAGAACAGCUGGCAUAUGCCCAAAAUACCAGCCAGAUGACCACUCACAGGCAGCAAACACACCAUCACCAACAGCAGCAACUGCAGCCACAACAGCAACAGUAUAUUCUACAGCAACAGCUUGGGCUAUCCCAACAGCCAAUGCUAUUGGCCCCUACAAGUACAUCCAGUCAACUGGCUAUGAUGGGGACCAGUGCCAACCAUAUUUUCUUGUCACCUGUGAGAGGCAUGGAUACACACCACCAACAGGUGCAACAGUUUCAGCAACAGCAGCUGCUGCUACAGCAGGAUGCAGGUCAGUCGGUGCUCCUGUCCAGUCCACAACUGAUGGCCUCUAGCAACAACCACAUCUUUCUGUCCCCCAUCAACAUGGAUCUACUGGGCACCCAGCAGCAGACGCCAGCCCUACAUUUCCUGGGGGUUGCAUGCACCACAGCAGAAACCAGCUCCAACAACCUUGACCUCUCAGAUUCUUGCUGAACUUUCUAACUUUGGUGUCCCAUUUGAACAGGUUAUUCAUUGUUCAUAUCUAAUUUACACUUUUUGUAGAAUGACAGAGCAAUGUUUGACAAAAGAAAUUGUGUGUGUGUAAUCUUACAUUGUGUGUGUGAUCGUACAUUGUGUUUGUGCGAGUGCUGCUGUUGAAAUGAUAAAAAAUCUUUUGUCAUCAUUCACAUGACCAGCUGGCACAGGUUUCAGUUACCUGGCUAAUUGUAUUUAAGCUCCUGUAUCACUUUUUUACUGGUGAUUUAUACUUCCAUACAUGCAUCCCAUUCUUUUCUUGUUUUAAAAAAAUUAGACUUUGUUUUGUGCAGAAAACUUUGCUUUGUUUGAGUUAGCACAGUGUCCAAAAAACUAAAUUCUUUUUGUCCCCUAAAGUUCCCUUAUUUUUUCUUGUACCGAAGCUCUACUGAUGGGAGAAAUGUUUUAAACUUUAAUUUGAAAUCUAGAAUAUAAAACUGUCAACCUCUAAUUUUGAAUCCUAGAUUUUAAAACUGUCAACCUCUAAUUUUGAAUCCUAGAUUUUAAAACUGUCAACCUCUAAUUUUGAAUCCUAGAUUUUAAAACUGUCAACCUCUAAUUUUGAAUCCUAGAUUUUAAAACUGUCAACCUCUAAUUUUGAAUCCUAGAUUUUAAAACUGUCAACCUCUAAUUUUGAAUCCUAGAUUUUAAAACUGUCAACCUCUAAUUUUGAAUCCUAGAUUUUAACACUGUCAACCUCUAAUUUUGAAUCCUAGAUUUUAAAACUGUCAACCUCUAAUUUUGAAUCCUAGAUUUUAACACACUAAUAAAGAUAUCCUCUAGAUGCAAGACAUAAUUGUGUGUUGAUGUGGAUGGAGGACAUUUUUUGUUUUUCACCUCAGUCUGCUGAAGACAUUUUUUGCUCAAGUUGUAGGGUUGUUGAGCUGAAGGUUUCUGUAGCUGUAUUCAAAUGUUGUUGUCAUUUUUUGGUGGUUUCCUCUUGUAUACAGCCUGUUUAAAAUUGAUGUUUUAUGACCUUGACCUCUAACCCUGUUGUGUAUAAAUUAUUUUCAGACCACUGCUGUUUGUUGUAAAUAUUUUCCCAAGACUAUAGACUUACAUUUUGACUUGGAUGCUUUGUAGAAGCCUUGAUUUGAUAUCUUGUGGUUGCUUGUAUUUGUUGUCGUCUUGUAUUUGUUGGUGUCUUGUAUUUGUUGAUGUCUUGUAUUUGAUGGUGUCUUGUAUUUGAUGGUGUCUUGUAUUUGUUGAUGUCUUGUAUUUGAUGGUGUCUUGUAUUUGUUGGUGUCUUGUAUUUGAUGAUGUCUUGUAUUUGAUGGUGUCUUGUAUUUGUUGGUGUCUUGUAUUUGAUGGUGUCUUGUAUUUGUUGAUGUCUUGUAUUUGUUGGUGUCUUGUAUUUGAUGGUGUCUUGUAUUUGAUGGUGUCUUGUAUUUGUUGGUGUCUUGUGAUUAUAGCUGUAAUUCACUCUACAACUAACACUAGACCAGUUAACUUCUGUACAUUCAUCCAAAAACCUUCAAGUUAAGUAUAAUUUUUUUUAGCUGGAAGGGGUGAAGAGGCCUGCUUGUAAAAAUACAAUAUAAUUGUAUACAAAUUAAUACACAUUGUAUUUUCAGGAAUACAAUAUUUAAAAGACCAAACUUUUAUAACUGCCUUUAAAUUUAAACAAAAUUGUAGGAAAGGUUUUUUUUUAUUUGGCGUACAUAAAUGAUAUAAAUGUUAGCUUGGAUAGUUGUUACUGCUUUUCCACUAAGCAAUUCUAUUUUAUACACCCCCCCCACACACACACACACAUAUAUAUAUAUAUAUAUAUAUAUAUAUAUAUAUAUAUAUAUAUAUAUAAAAUAUAUCUGUGUUUUGCAUAUAAAUUCCAUCAUAGGGAGCUCUAUUUGUAGUUAUGCAUACUAUUAAUACUAUCAUGAAGUUUUUUUAUGUCUGAAGAAAAUUCAUUUUUUAUUGUUGAUGAUUUCCGAUAUUGGAUUGUUUUUAUUGAUCGUUGUGAUAUUUUAUUUUGGUGUUGUGAUAUUGGAUGUUAUUUUUAUUGAUGUGUUGUGAUAAAUACUUUUGUUUGGUGUUUGAACAUUUUUGCUGUAGCAAGAGCUAUCUGAUGAGUGAUGUGAAUGGGCCAGUUCUCAACUGGCUGGGACCACACACACACACAUUUCUUGUAUACAAAUGUGCAAUAAAAAACUGGCAGCUAAGUGUUGCUGGUUAACUUAAAAAUGAAAGUAAAAGCUAAGCUAGACUUGUAUCAUGUGCUGUAAAUAAAAAUACUCGUACAGGGUCUGUUUUCACUUAGCAUGUGAGCUCCUAUCAUAACCUACCUUUGAUUGCUGUUCAUUUGUUUGACAUUUUGAUGUAUGAGCUGCUUAUUUGGAUGGAGGAGAAUGAAAACUUGUAGGUCCACUGGGCUGACAGAGGAAUACUAGUGUAAAGCUGCUUUCAUGCCCCCACCUCUUGUGCUCUGAUGUGAAGAUAUGAAGAAUAACUAGGUUUUGAACUAGGCUUGAACAGUGCACAGAAGUUUGUUUGUGUAGCUAUUGUAAGGCUUGAACAGUGCACAGAGGUUUGUUUGUGUAGCUAUUGUAAGGCUUGAACAGUGCACAGAGGUUUGUUUGUGUAGCUAUUGUAAGGAUUGAACAGUGCACAGAGGUUUGUUUGUGUAGCUAUUGUAAGGAUUGAACAGUGCACAGAGGUUUGUUUGUGUAGCUAUUGUAAGGCUUGAACAGUGCACAGAGGUUUGUUUGUGUAGCUAUUGUAAGGCUUGAACAGUGCACAGAGGUUUGUUUGUGUAGCUAUUGUAAGGCUUGAACAGUGCACAGAGGUUUGUUUGUGUAGCUAUUGUAAGGAUUGAACAUUCCACUUGUAUUGUAUCACUGUUGUACAAGAUGGCUGUUCAUGCAUAUUUGAAUAAAGCCUAGGCCUUAUCUCUAA